AUGUCUCUCUUGGCUUCUGAUGGCUCUUCUUCAUGGAAAUCCCCAUCAGGGGAUUUUGCUUUUGGAUUUUGUCCACUUGCAGAUGGAUCACUCUUCCUGCUAGCGAUCUGGUUUGAGAAAAUCCCUGAAAGAACUAUAGUACGGUAUACCAAUGGAAGUCAUCUUGUACCAAAAGGAUCCAAAGUGGAGCUUAAGGCUGAUGGUCAGUUCACACUUGAGGAUCCACUGGGCCAAUUCAUAUGGCAAGCUCAGUCUGGGGCCCAUGGGGUUGCUUAUGCUGCUAUGCUUGAAUCCGGGAACUCUGUUCUUGCAAGUGAAGAUUCUAGUUAUGUAUGGGAGAGCUUCAAGAGUCCUGCAGACACCAUCUUGCCAACCCAAGUCCUGGAGAUUGGUGGCCUGCUGUCUUCUCGGCAAGCUGAAGGCAACUACUCAAAGGGGAGCAACACCCAUGAUGCUGGAAAUAGCAGCAAUUCUGGGGAAAGGGUGAUUUUUGAUGAGUUGGGUCGCCUCUAUGUUGUUCUAAAAAAUGGAGGGAGUGUUAACAUCAAGUCAGGAAGUGCUGAAGAUUCAAGUGGAGAUUACUACCACCGGGCAACACUGGAUUUUGAUGGGGUUUUCAGAAUAUAUAGUCACCACAAGCUCCAGAGCAAUGGAAGCAGGGCUCAGUCCUGGCCAACUUGUGAGUGCCUCCCAGGGUUUUCCCUUGUCGAUAUAUAUAACAAGCUCAAUGGUUGCAAGCAGAACAUAACACAAAAAUGUGAACCGGGAGGAGGUUCAAAUCCAGAGGACUUGUUUGAGAGGCAUGAGUUGUCUAACACAUUUUGGACUGCAACUGCAAACUUUGAGAAGAUGGAAUCCUAUGGUGAAGACCUCUGCUGGAAGUCUUGCUUAUAUGACUGCAAUUGUGUGGUUGCUGUCCUUAAAGAAGGCACCUGCUGGAAGAAGAAACUGCCACUUUCCAAUGGGAGGGUGGACGGGAGUAUCCCUGGGAAGACUUUCAUCAAAGUGCCAAAACACGAUAAUUCUUCCGGUGUGCUGCCUUCUCAUAUUCCAAAUAGGGAGAAGAAAGAUCAAGGAACUCUGAUUAUUGUGGGGUCAAUUCUUUUAGGUAGCUCUGUAUUUCUCCACUUCCUACUUGUAGCAGCAAUUUCUCUGCAUAGAUCUUAUUCAAGCCAAAAGAGACAUAAACUCACAAGAGCAUCAAGUAUUUUGGAAACAAACCUACGCUCUUUCACUUAUGAAGAACUCAAACAAGCCACGGAUGGGUUCAGAGAAGAACUUGGAAGAGGUGCUUUUGGGACUGUGUAUAAAGGAGUCUUGUCAUCAUCAAGUUCAGGAACUCAAGUAGCAGUUAAGAAGUUAGACAAGUUAGGGCAGAAGGGUGAGAGAGAAUUCAAAACCGAAGCUAGGACAAUAGCAAUGACCCGUCACAAGAACUUAGUGAGGUUGAUUGGAUUCUGUGAUGAAGGGCCGCACAAGCUUUUGGUUUAUGAGUUCAUGUGCAAUGGCACAUUGGCUAGCUUCCUCUUUGGAAGUUCAAUGCCUGAAUAG